AUGUUGGGUAACGAAGGGAGUUUAGUUGAUCAGCUGGACCUUGAUCUAGAAGAAAUCGAAUAUUUGCUAUUCAUCAGGAAGAGUAAACCGUUAUCUUGUAAAAGUGAUGUGUCUAUCAGAACAAACGCCAAACAAAGUUUACAAUUAAAGUUACGGUUAGAAGCUUGUAAUCGUGUAUGGCAACAAAUAUUGGGGUCGUUGCCAAGCAGUGAUGACAUUGAGAUGUUUUUCAUGAAUUUACGAAAAAAUGAAUUGAAAUCUAAUCAAGAGAAAGAGAAGUUCGUGGAUUACACGAGUUAUAAACGAGCCCUGGCCACUUGUUCUGAGGUUUUGAAAAAUUUUUUGUCUGCGAAGGCUUUCAUGGAUUUACUUGAAAUUAGCAGCGCUAAAAGUGAAGGACUUGUGUCAAUUUUUUCCAUCAUGGAUUAUGUGGCCAUUAAAAAAGACAAAAUGCGAAGAAUGAUUUCUUUGCAUUAUUAUGAUUCUGAAGGCAAAGGAUUUUUAUCAUUAAAGGAUUUAAAACAGUAUAUACAGCAAGAAAUCCUUCCUGAGAUACCUUCUCUUGCAAAUUUGAAAGAGGAAGAACCAGAGUUGGAAGAAAACUAUUUAUGCAUUGCUGCGCAAAAAUUUUUUUUCUUACUUGACACGGUGGGAGCAAGAAAAAUUCGCAUUAUUGAUGUUGUAGCCAGCCGUCUGCUAGAAGAAUUCGAAAUAUUGAAUGAUAUUUUGAGUGACGAUGAAGAAUCUGUGGAAACAGAAGGAAAAAAAUCAUCCGCAUCGAAUUGGUUUUCCAAAGAGAAUUGUAUGAGGAUAAUAAAUCUAUACCGUCGUCUUGAUGAGGAUGGGAAUGGAUUACUAAGUUUAUCAGAAAUGUUAAAUUUCCAGCUUAUCAGCAAUGCUUUUAUUCAAAGAGUUUUUGAAACUAGUCAAACUUAUGAGAAGCAGGAGAUUGACUUGAAAGGAUUUUGUGACUUCCUAUACGCAAUAGAAAAUAGAUCGGAUCCAUCAUCUAUAAGUUAUCACUUUCGAUUGAUGGAUGUUGAUGGUGACAAUUUUUUGUCUUGCUCUGAUAUCGAAUUGUUCUAUCGUGAUAUUGCUAAAUUGUUUGAAGAUAAUUUUUCGGAUGAUAGUUCUCUGAAGGCACCCUCAUACGAAAUUAUAAAGAACGAAAUAUUUGACAUGUGUAAUACCAGAAACUCUAAAGGAAUUACUUUGAAAGAGCUAAUUGCAUCAGGCAAGGGUGAAACUGUUGUGGGUAUGUUGACGAAUGCCGAUGCAUUUUUUGAAUACGAAAACCGUGAAGAUUUUGUAUCUAAAGAGUAA